AAAUGUAAUAUGUUGUGUUGAAUGUUCUACUGGUCCCUCAGAAGAGAGUCCAGUGUCUAGAAAUAGCUUUGGGAUGGGAAACACUUGUUUAGAUUAAUUUGUUCUUCCAAGUACCUUAGUACUAUGAAAACAAAGAGUUGAUAGCACAUGGAUGUAAUCUGUGGUGGGCAGACUUUCCUUGGAUUCACAUGAUUUGUGUGUUCCCAGGGACAGCUCUGUAGGAUUUAAGGAGUAUUUCUGUUUGCCCUUCUUACAGACAGUCUGUUCAUCUCCAGCAUGUGGAAAGUGCUGUUCCUGGGUCUGUAUGUAGUAUUGGCUGUGAGAGGAUUGGCAAAGGGUGCUCCAUUCCAACCAGAAGAUAAAUGGAAGCCUCUUGAUAACCCCAGAAACAGAGACCUGUUUUUCAGAACGCUCCAGGCUUACUUCUCGGGCAGGGGUCUCGAUCUCAGAAAGUUCCCAGCUACUUUCACUGUGAACAAUGAAGGACCAAGGCUCUACUCAGAUCCUAUUGCUUCUGCAUUUGCAGAUUAUGAAGAAAAGAAAAAAUCCUUUCAGAACUAUUUCAAAGGCUGAAAGAUUCUGCUGAUGAAGAUAAGAGAAGGCAUUAACUUCAGAACUCCAUGCCAAGUGGAAGCCUUCAUAGAAAAAUUUUACUGCUUUGACUUUUUAACUGUUACCUGACAA